UUUCAGUUCGGGUACUCGGGUACGGUUUUUUGCCCAAGCCUAUCCUAAAUUGUGUUACAUGAAAAACCCAAUUGUCAAUUUAAGUCUACCAGAAAUGAGAGGCCCAAACAGCCUAAGCUCAUAUAGGAAAGGCCACAAAGAUAUGAUAACGUAAACAUACACGUAAGGUCGUUAGCCUAUACUUGCAAGUUACUUUGAGAUCGAUGUAUUUACAAAUAUAAAAUCGAAUCGUGUCUUCUCACUUGCCUUACACAUACAUGACCAGACACAAAGCAUCAUCAUCCUUGAAGCAAAAUCAAGAAAUGGCAUAAUCUCUUUGCUCAUCAACUCUUAUAGUCAUCUUCAAUUCAUUAAAUUUCUCCAAGUUAUAUUUAUAGGACCCUCCAUAAUCUCAACCUCCAAAGCUUCAACAUGGGAACAUUGGUGGGUCACAUUUUACCGGGCUUUUUUUUCUUUGCACUUGGUCUUUGGCACCUCUUUAACCACAUCAAAUUAUUUUCUCUACACUCAAAAUCAUACAUAGCACCUUUAUGGUUCCCCUUAUCCAAACCAAGAUAUUUAGAGCCUAUCUUGAUCAUUAUAGGCUCCUCACUUUCCAUUUCUGUGGAACUCUUCCUUGGCCAAAAGAAUCACCAACCAUUUGAUCCCAAUGAUGGAACCAUACCAUCAAACCAUCUCCAUAACUUUGAACACUCUUGCAUCUCCUUCACCAUCAUCACCUAUGCAGCUUUCGCUAUCGUCUUUGAUAAAACAAGUCCAAUGGCUCAUCGGGCCCUCAUCAACUUGAUUGCGGCCCUCGCCUUCGCCCAACAACUCUUCCUCUUCCAUUUCCACUCGUCAGACCACACGGGCGUUGAGGGCCACUACCAUUUGUUGCUCCAAAUCGUAGUUUUUGUCUCUUUGGUCACAACACUCUUGGGAAUCGCCUUACCAAGUAGCUUCAUGUUGAGUUUUGUUCGAUCACUUAGUGUUUCCUUCCAAGGAAUAUGGCUUAUGUCAAUGGCUUGCAUGCUUUGGACGCCAAGUUUGGUCCCCAAGGAUUGUUUUCUUCACAUUGAAGAGGGUAAACAUACCAUUAGAUGCUCAAGCGUCAAAGCUCUUCAUAGAGCAAUAUCAUUGGUAAAUAUCCAAUUCAGCUGGUUUCUUGUGAUCAUAACCAUCUUUGCAAUGUGGUUUUAUAUAUUUUUGCAAAGGAUCUACGGUGAGAAAAUAGAAUAUUCUCAGCUUCGAACAAAGGAAUCCAAAAACAUGGAGAUCAUGAUGACCAUGGCUGCAGUAUAACCCAAAAACUACCAGUUUCUCAUAAUGUUUUCUUAUUCCAAUUUAUAGAGAUCAUGUGUAUAAACAUAUUGUGUAUUUAUUUAAAUGACACUAAAAAAUUUAGAUGAGACGUGGCAAUUACGUCAA